AAAUCAUUCACAUCAUAAAGUGUUUGAAAUUCAAAAUUCUCAACACUUCUCUUUAACCAUUCUCUUCUCACAUCAAUACAACAAUGGGUUUUCGUUUACCUGGCAUCACAAAGGCAUCAAAAGCAGUGGACGCACCUAAAGGCUAUCUUGCAGUCUAUGUCGGAGAGAAAUUGAAGCGGUUUGUGAUUCCCGUAUCAUACUUGAACCAACCUUCAUUUCAGGACUUGUUGAGUCAAGCUGAGGAAGAGUUUGGAUAUGAUCAUCCCAUGGGUGGCCUCACAAUUCCUUGCAGUGAAGAUGUCUUCCAACGUAUAACUUCUUGCUUGAAUUGAGCAGAAAUCUCACAGUAUAGGAGACUGACAUAGAUUAGAGGAGAAAUUUUGUAUAAUAGGCGUCUUCUCUAAGUGUACAGAUCCCCCUUUCUCAAGAGAGAGGAAAUACAAACAUAAUAUUUUAUUCUUUUGAUUAAUUACAAUGAAUUCAGGAACUCAAGCAGCUUCGAUCUCUAUACUUUAUGUUUAUUUGUUUCAAUCUUCCCUUCUCUCUGUAUGAGCCAGGUAUCAAUAUUCUGUUAGAAGUUGAUAAAUUUCAAAUCA